CAUCGUCACUUUUCGCGCUGUUGACUCCACCUCCGUCUUCCCCAAUUUCCUCUGUCUGCAAAUUUCAAGAUCUUCUUCCAUGUCCGAUCUGAUCUUAUCCAUUUGACCUAAUUUUGUUUCGAAUUAGAUCCCUCUUCCUCGUCUUCCUCGAAACAUUUCAAUUUCGAAAUCGAAGAUUUCCCAUUGAAAGAAGCCAUGGAUCUAGCCCCAGAAGAGCUUCAAUUCUUGACCAUUCCCGACAUUCUCAGAGAAUCAAUCUUCAUCCCGAAGCGCUCCCCUAAAACCUUCUAUCUCAUAACUCUUACCUUCAUCUUCCCCCUUUCUUUCGCCAUCUUAGCCCACUCCCUCUUCACCCACCCACUUCUCGUCCAGCUCCAAAACCCUUUCGCCGACCCCGCUCAGACCCGUCAUCGAUGGACCGAGCUCCUUACCUUCCAAUUUUGCUACCUUAUUUUCCUCUUCGCUUUUUCUCUUCUCUCCACCGCCGCCGUCGUCUUCACCGUCGCUUCCCUCUAUACUUCCAAGCCCGUUUCCUAUUCCUCAACUAUCUCCGCCAUUCCCAAGGUUUUUAAGCGCCUUUUCGUCACUUUCCUCUGGGUUUCUCUCCUCAUGAUUAUCUAUAACUUCAUAUUUUUCGUGUUCUUGAUACUCCUUAUCCUUGCAAUUGACACCCAGAAUUACAUUUUGUUCUUCUUCUCCGUUGUUGUAAUCUUCAUCCUGUUUCUAGUUGUACAUGUUUACAUCACCGCCUUAUGGCAUUUGGCUAGCGUCGUGUCGGUGCUUGAACCGAUUUAUGGAUUUGCCGCCAUGAAAAAGAGCUACGAAUUGCUUAUGGGCAAAACCCGUUUUGCGGCGGUGCUUGUAUUUGCGUAUUUGGCCAUCUGCGCGACAAUUAAUGUCAUAUUUGGGGCUGUGGUCGUUCACGGUGAUGAUGGACAUGGGGUUUUUAUGAGGAUUAUCGUUGGUGGCUUUCUGGUUGGCGUUUUGGUGAUUGUGAACUUGGUGGGAUUGUUGGUUCAGAGUGUGUUUUACUAUGUCUGCAAGAGCUUUCACCAUCAGGGAAUCGAUAAGCUCGCUUUACAUGACCAUUUGGGUGGAUAUCUUGGUGAGUAUGUACCUCUCAAAAGUAGCAUUCAAAUGGAAAAUUUAGAUGCAUGAGGUAGGGGAAAAGACAGUCUGUUAUCUAAUGUUUUAGCCUUUUAGGGGAUAUGGAAUGAUAUGUUGUAAAAAGGAGAGUAUUUAAACAAUCUGUUAUCUAAUUUUUCGUCUGAUUUUAUACCUACUAUUACUUGUAUUUGAUCCUGAAUAAUUUCUAAGGAUCAGUCAAGUACUUGUCUUUGAAUUGGUGGUGGGAUUUUACUGCACACUGCCAUGGAUUACUUGUAUGUUGAUGGGGAAGUUCUGAUCUUGUUGUUAUGUGUUCGUUGUUCAAGCUUUCAC